GGAGUGACGUCACGCAGCUGCCCUAUUUUCAGCCAUGCCCAUGGAACCCGCCAAGGAUUGUCUCGCGGCGCCCUCUCGACUCCGCCCCGCCCCCGCUUCUCUCCCCUGCCUGAGAAGAUCCCGCUUCAGUGACUCCUCCCCUCGGCCUGGAGGACCGCUGGGCAAGGGAAGAGAGUCGCGCUUCCUAGAGAGCCAGCUGAGUCGCAAGGCUGGCUCUGAAAGCAGGAGCUUCCCGUCCCGUCUGGCUUUUCUAAUUCUCGCCAGCAGCAGCAGCAGCAGCUUCUUGGGAGAAGAAUCCGGUGAGUGCCAAGAAGUGAAAAUCUGAGGUGCGACAAGGGACCCCUCCCCUGCCGGGACCCGACAGGGAAGGAAGUGGCAGGCAGAGGAGGAGGCUUCGGGAGGAGAGAGGUCCAUCAGUGGGAGGGGCGGCCGCUCAGGGGCAGCAGUCUGGCAGAGCUCACUCCUGCUUCAGUCCCUGGCUGGCAGCCUCUCCAUGUCGCAGCCGGCCUAGGAAAGGUGACUCAUCGGCUGCUGGACCGAGAGAGAGGGUGGCUCCGUCGAAGGAGUUCUCUAGCCAGGCUUCCCUCUGGGAUCAGGUCAGAGAGAUCUUUCUCCUGGUGGCAAGAAGAGCUGAGGAAACUGGGGCUGUAUCUCCGUGGUCAAGCAUCUGCUUGCAGACAGAAGGUGCCAGGUCAACCCUAGCAGAGAAGAAGCUUAGCCUAGCUCUGAACCUGGGAGGAAUUAGCCUGGAAUUCUGGUGCGUUGUGUGACUAAGAGGUGGAUUUAUCACAUUCUUCGUGCCCUGGGCAGCAAAGUAGCAUUAGAGGAAGAAGAGCUUUUGGAUGUGUUGGGAGCUUAAGCUGAGCUUAGAGAGACCAUGGAUGUGCCAAGCCCAGCAAAGAGUGGAUCAGGGAAGGGAACAGAAAAAGGCCCUCCAGCCAUCCAGUCUGGCAAUGAUAAGGGAUUCUGGGAAAGAACUGUGCAGAAGAUCCUGGGAGGAGACACCACCAGCUCAGAUGUCCAGGUCAGGAGAUUCAGAGAGUUCAUCUACCAGGAGGUUGAAGGGCCCCGAGAGGUUUGCAGCCAACUCCACCACCUUUGCCAGCAGUGGCUGGAGCCAGAGAGACACACGAAAGCUCAGAUGCUGGACCUGGUGAUCCUGGAGCAGUUCCUGACCAUCCUGCCCCCAGAGAUGGAGAGCUGGGUGAGAGAAUGUGGAGCGGAGACCAGUUCGCAGGCGGUGGCCCUGGCAGAAGGUUUCCUCCUGAGCCAGGCAGAGGAGAAGAAGCAGGAAGAGCAGCAGACAGAUGGGAUGUUAGCCCAAGCAGCUCCUGAGCUCCCAGAUUCCAAGACAGCUCAGUUGGUGACCCGGCAGAAGCUGCUGCUCAGAAGGAUCGGGCAGGAGAGUGACGGAGGCCACAUUGCGCUGGGCAGUGAAAUGAUGCUGGCGACUCCUCCGGGACCUUCUCCUCUUGGUGGUGGAGUGGAAACUGUGGCUGUGCACUCACCGGAUCAGGAGUCUGUGGUCUUGGAGGAGGUGGCUGUGUGUUUCUGCGAGGAGGAGGUGGCUCUGCUGGAUCCAGGCCAAAGGGCUCUGCACAGGGAAGUCCUGGAGGAGAUUUCUGGGCAUCUGGCCUUUGUGGGUGAUUGGAGGGAGGGAGAGAAACCGGCCGAUGGAGCGAGAAGGAGAACCGAAGGGAGUCAGAAGAGGAGGCAGACUAGUCCUUCUGAAGGGCCAGACAUGCAUUCCAUCCCAAUCCCAGGAGAAUGCCACAAGGGAAGCAGCAGGAAUAAGAUCCCUCUGUAUGUAGAAUCCUUGACUAGUCAGCCACAUCUGAGCAGACAUCUGAGAAUCCACACAGGAGAGAAACAACAUCCCUGCUCAGAGUGUGGAAAGAACUUCAGUCUUAAGGAUAUACUAACUUACCAUCAAAGAAUCCACACAGGAGAGAAACCGCAUACCUGUUCAGACUGUGGAAAGAGGUUCUCUCAGCGUGGCAAGCUUACUUCUCAUCAAAGAGUCCACACAGGAGAGAAGCCACAUACCUGCUCAUACUGUGGAAAGAGCUUCAUUCGGGGUGACAAGCUUACUGUCCAUCAAAGAGUCCACACAGGAGAGAAACCCUAUACCUGCUCAGAGUGUGGAAAGAGCUUCAUUAAUAAGUCAGUCCUUACUGUCCAUCAAAGAGUCCACACAGGAGAGAAACCGCAUACCUGCUCAGACUGUGGAAAGAGCUUCACUCGGGGUGACAAUCUUACUGUCCAUCAAAGAGUCCACACAGGAGAGAAACCCUAUACCUUCUCAGAGUGUGGAAAGAGCUUCAAUGAUAAGUCAGGCCUUACUGUCCAUCAAAGAAUCCACACAGGAGAGAAACCCUAUACCUGCUCAGACUGUGGAAAGAGCUUCUCUCAGCGUGGCAAGCUUACUUCUCAUCAAAGAGUCCACACAGGAGAGAAAACGCAUACCUGCUCAGAGUGUGGAAAGAGCUUCACUCAGGGUGACAAUCUUACUUCUCAUCAAAGAGUCCACACAGGAGAGAAACCCUAUACCUGCUCAGAGUGUGGAAAGAGCUUCAUUAAUAAGUCGGUCCUUACUGUCCAUCAAAGAGUCCACACAGGAGAGAAACCGCAUACCUGCUCAGACUGUGGAAGGAGCUUCACUCGGGGUGACAAGCUUACUGUCCAUCAAAGAGUCCACACAGGAGAGAAACCGCAUACCUGCUCAGAGUGUGGAAAGAGCUUCACUCAGGGUGACAAUCUUACUUCUCAUCAAAGAGUCCACACAGGAGAGAAACCCUAUACCUGCUCAGGGUGUGGAAAGAGCUUCAAGGAUAAGUCAGUCCUUACUGUCCAUCAAAGAGUCCACACAGGAGAGAAACCGCAUACCUGCUCAGACUGUGGAAAGAGCUUCACUCGGGGUGACAAGCUUACUGUCCAUCAAAGAGUCCACACAGGAGAGAAACCACAUACCUGCUCAGAGUGUGGAAAGAGCUUCACUCAGGGUGAGAAGCUUACUUCUCAUCAAAGAGUCCACACAGGAGAGAAACCACAUACCUGCUCAGACUGUGGAAAGAGCUUCACUCGGGGUGACAAGCUUACUGUCCAUCAAAGAGUCCACACAGGAGAGAAACCCUAUACCUGCUCAGAGUGUGGAAAGAGCUUCAUUAAUAAGUCAGUCCUUACUGUCCAUCAAACCGUCCACACAGGAGAGAAACCGCAUACCUGCUCAGACUGUGGAAAGAGCUUCACUCGGAGAGACAAUCUUACUGUCCAUCAAAGAGUCCACACAGGAGAGAAACCCUAUACCUGCUCAGAGUGUGGAAAGAGCUUCAAUGAUAAGUCAGGCCUUACUGUCCAUCAAAGAAUCCACACAGGAGAGAAACCCUAUACCUGCUCAGACUGUGGAAAGAGCUUCUCUCAGCGUGGCAAGCUUACUUCUCAUCAAAGAGUCCACACAGGAGAGAAACCGCACACCUGCUCAGAGUGUGGAAAGAGCUUCACUCAGGGUGACAAUCUUACUUCUCAUCAAAGAGUCCACACAGGAGAGAAACCACAUACCUGCUCAGGGUGUGGAAAGAGCUUCAAGGAUAAGUCAGGACUUACUUAUCAUCAAAGAGUCCACACAGGAGAGAAACCCUAUACCUGCUCAGAGUGUGGAAAGAGCUUCAUUAAUAAGUCAGUCCUUACUGUCCAUCAAAGAGUCCACACAGGAGAGAAACCGCAUACCUGCUCAGACUGUGGAAAGAGCUUCACUCGGGGAGACAAUCUUACUGUCCAUCAAAGAGUCCACACAGGAGAGAAACCCUAUACCUGCUCAGUGUGUGGAAAGAGCUUCAAUGAUAAGUCAGGCCUUACUGUCCAUCAAAGAAUCCACACAGGAGAGAAACCCUAUACCUGCUCACACUGUGGAAAGAGCUUCUUUCAGCGUGGCAAGCUUAGUUCUCAUCAAAGAGUCCACACAGGAGAGAAACUGCAUACCUGCUCAGAGUGUGGAAAGAGCUUCAUUAAUAAAUACAGACUUACUGUCCAUCAGAGAGUCCACACAGGAGAGAAACCACAUACCUGCUCAGAAUGUGGAAAGAGCUUCAUUAAUAAGUCAGGCCUUACUGUCCAUCAAAGAGUCCACACCGGAGAUAAACCGUAUACCUGCUCAGACUGUGGAAAGAGAUUCAUUCGGGGUGACCAGCUUACUUCUCAUCAAAGAGUCCACACAGGAGAUAAACCGCAUACCUGCUCAGACUGUGGAAAGAGCUUCAAGGAUAAGUCAGGACUUACUUCUCAUCAAAGAGUCCACACAGGAGAGAAACCAUAUACCUGCUCAGAGUGUGGAAGGAGCUUCAUUAAUAAGUCAGGCCUUACUAUCCAUCAAAGAGUCCACACCGGAGAGAAACCGCAUACCUGCUCAGAGUGUGGAAAGAGCUUCACUCGGGUUGACCAGCUUUCUUCUCAUCAAAGAGUCCACACAGGAGAGAAACCGCAUACCUGCUUAGACUGUGGAAAGAGCUUCAAGGAUAAGUCAGGACUUACUUCUCAUCAAAGAGUCCACACAGGAGAGAAACCCUAUACCUGCUCCGAGUGUGGAAAGAGCUUCAUUAAUAAGUCAGUCCUUACUGUCCAUCAAAGAGUCCACACAGGAGAGAAACCAUACACCUGCUUAGAGUGUGGAAAAAGCUUCAGUGCUAAGGCAGUACUUACUUCUCAUCAAAGAGUCCACACAGGAGAGAAACCGCAUACCUGCUCAGACUGUGGAAAGAGCUUCAAGGAUAAGUCAGGACUUACUUCUCAUCAAAGAGUCCACACAGGAGAGAAACCCUAUACCUGCUCCGAGUGUGGAAAGAGCUUCAUUAAUAAGUCAGGCCUUACUGUCCAUCAAAGAGUCCACACAGGAGAGAAACCCUAUACCUGCUCAGAGUGUGGAAAGAGCUUCAAGGAUAAAUCAGGACUUACUUUCCAUCAGCGAGUCCAUAUAGGAAAGAAACCACAUACCUGGUCAGAGUGUGGAAAGUGGUUCAGUCACACGUCAUAUUCACCCUAGUUGACUUCCCACAGAGACAGCUAGUUACCAAUCUACACAUGAACCUGUCCUCUUAUCCCAUGAGUGCUAAAUUUUCUCAAGAGUCUUUGAUGAGGAACUUUUUUCGAAAGCUUUUUGGAAGUCCAGGUAUACUAUGUCAACUGGAUCACCUUUAUCACCUGUUGACACUCUGAAAGAACUUUGCAAAGUUUGGUGAGGCAAGAUUUACCUUUGCAGAAGCUCUGCUGGGUCUCCCUCAGCAGGGCCUGUUCUUCUGUACGCUCAACCAUUUGAUCCUUGAGAAUGCUUGUAGCGACCAGGCUCCCCAACCCCAAUAGAGCUAACAGGAAGUGAACCCCUGGCCUUGACUGACAGGCUGGCGACCCCCAGGGCUGACCAAUCAAUCCACCAGGUGGGUGGGACAUGAGGGCUGCUGCUGGGAAUGCUGGGAAGAAGAAGGAGAAAGUGGGAGAGGAGAGUGAGGAGGUGCAGGAAAUCCAGCAUGGAAUUUGCUCACCUGCAUGGUGACUCUACAGAUCCUUGAAAGACAGGAUUGCAGGAGAUUUGAUCUCAUCAGGAUCUUUGGUGGGUUUUCAAAAGAGAAUGGGCUUUGGAAUCUGGCAUAGGGAAAAGUAUGCUUAGAAAGACCUUGAGUCAGGAGUUAUUUUGCUUUCUGUGUGUGCUUUGCAUUCCUAAAUAUCUGUUCUUUGUAACUGAGUAACUAAGAUUUCAAUGUGUGCCGUUUAAGAAAGAUCUGGGUGUUUUGGAACAUUGUUGUAACCAACCAAAGCAUUUUUUUAAGUGCACCAGUCUGUAGUACUGAAUAAACUGUGUUCUUGUU